AACCAAUACGCAAGCGCGAUUGUCACCUCAAUAAUCUCUUAUUUUUCCUCGCCGUCGCCGCUUAUAAAUAUCUAAUACACAUUUCUACACCGCCGUAUAUAUCAUUUUCUUCGAGAAAAAAAAGUGAAAUAAAAAUGGUUGGAUUGGGCUGUAACGCUUGUAACAAAGAAUUCGCCGAUGAUUCUGAGCAGAAGCUUCAUUACAAAUCUGAAUGGCAUCGCUACAAUCUCAAACGCAAGGUGGCUGGGGUUCCUGGGGUUACAGAAUCACUCUUCUUAGCUAGACAGGCUGCACUUGCUGAAGAGAAAAAUAAGUCGAAUGAAGGCCCAAUGCUCUACAGUUGUGGACUCUGUGGAAAAGGAUACAGAAGCUCCAAGGCUCAUGUGCAGCAUCUCAAAUCAAAAAGUCACAUUCUGCGUGCUUCACAGGGAGCACAUGAUGAAGCUGAGGGAGCUACUAUAAUCAAGCCUCUUCCACCUCGUAAUCUUAAGAAAACUCCCCAACCAAGGCUGGAAGAGAACUAUGAAAGCGAAGAAAGUGAUGAAUGGGUGGAGGUCGAUGGUGAAGAAGAAUCUAUGGCUGACAUGGAUGUUAUUGAUGAAGACUCUGAUGGCGAUGAAGAUGAUAAUAUGCAGAUUGAUUUGGAUCCGUCUUGUUGCUUUAUGUGCGAUCAAAAGCAUAAAACUAUAGAGAGCUGUAUGGUUCACAUGCACAAGCAGCAUGGCUUUUUCAUCCCUGAUGUUGAGUAUUUGAGUGAUCCCACUGGUCUUCUCACUUAUCUUGGCCUCAAGGUCAAGAGGGACUUCAUGUGUUUGUAUUGCAAUGAGAGAUGUCAUGCUUUUAACAGUUUGGAAGCCGUCAGGAAACACAUGGUGGCAAAAUCUCACUGCAAAGUGCACUUUGGUGAUGGUGGCGAUGAUGAAGAAGCAGAGUUGGAAGAGUUCUAUGAUUACAGCAGCAGUUAUGUUGACGUGGAUGGGAAGAAGCUAGUUUCAUCAGAUGAUCAGACCAAUGAGGUUGAGCUUGGACAUGGUGGGUCUGAGCUCAUUAUUACUCGAAAAACAGAUGAUAAGAUAUCAACAAAAGCACUAGGAUCAAGGGAAUAUAUGCGCUACUACCGCCAGAAACCUCGGCCAUCGAGUGAGAAUGACAUUAUGAUCUCUGUUGCAUUGGCAUCAAGGUACAAGAGCAUGGGGUUGACAACUGUACAAUCGAAAGAGAACAGGGUCAGGAUGAAGGUGAUGAAGGAGAUGCAGCGAUCAGGGGUGGAAGCUAUGAGGUCCAAGAUCGGCAUGAAGAGUAAUGUCAUUCGCAAUCUUCCCAAGAAUUGUACUUAUUAAGAUCUUCAUCUAAAGUACCAUAGUGCACCAACCAUAUCUUGUUUGGUGGCUUAUGCUUCAGUAUACGAUGCUAUACUAUAUAUUGCUUGGGUGAAUUAGCAAUGUGACAGAGAUGUAUGAACUCAUAUUUGGAUGUUAUUUUUUUCUGGAGUUUGUGAUACAUUUUACAGUUUGUAUGGCACUGUAGUGCGAGACUAAUGAGUUGCAGAAUUAUGCCUGGAACUGGAAACCAUUUGGACC